CGAGAAUGGUGACUCCCUUCCUUCCGGUCCGCUAAGCGAAGGCCGGAAGUGUCGGUUUGUACAGUCUCUGGGAGUGGAAAGGAGUUGGUAGCGGCAGCUGGGGCAGCGAGGAGGUUGCAGAAACUCUCGGAUUCUCGCGGCAGAGUUAGGGAUUUAACUGCCACCAUGUCGAGCAAAAGAGCAAAGACCAAGACCACCAAGAAGCGCCCCCAGCGCGCGACCUCCAACGUGUUCGCCAUGUUUGACCAGUCCCAGAUUCAGGAGUUCAAGGAGGCCUUCAACAUGAUCGACCAGAACAGGGACGGGUUCAUCGACAAGGAAGAUUUGCAUGACAUGCUUGCUUCCCUGGGAAAAAAUCCAACUGAUGAGUAUCUGGAUGCCAUGAUGAAUGAGGCUCCAGGUCCCAUAAAUUUUACCAUGUUUCUCACGAUGUUUGGUGAAAAAUUAAAUGGAACAGAUCCAGAAGAUGUCAUCAGAAAUGCUUUUGCUUGCUUUGAUGAAGAAGCAACUGGCACCAUUCAGGAGGAUUACCUGAGAGAACUGCUGACCACAAUGGGAGACCGGUUUACAGAUGAGGAAGUGGACGAGCUGUACAGAGAAGCACCUAUUGACAAAAAGGGGAAUUUCAAUUACAUCGAGUUCACGCGCAUCCUUAAGCAUGGAGCGAAAGACAAAGACGACUGAAAGAACUUCAAACUCCAGCCAAACGUUCCUUGUUGCCACUCUGGGUAUUUCUGAGACUUUCUCUUAGAGCCUGUUGCAUGCCCUUAGCUUUACAGCUUCUGCCUUUCUUGUUGUAUUUAUUCUCAGCCAUUUGGGGCACAUGCAUCUCUAUAAUCAGACUGGAUGUGGGACUUCUUGUCAUUUUAAGAAUAGAAAAUAGGGUAAUUUAACUUAGCAGCUGCCGUCUACCCUCCCCGCCCCCAGUAACUGCAGUCUACAGAGUCAAUAUAUUUUUUCAGAGAAGGUUAUUCACUCAAUUUUUUCUGAACCAUAAUUAAACUUUAUGAUAAAAACUUA